UGUCACCCGAGACCAUACAUUCCCUGAUGCUCGCUUAGUGAUUUGAAACGCCUCCCUUUACUCGCUGAAGUAUGAACCACUCUGUGCUUGGUGUUGGUUUGGACGUCGUCGUGGGGCAAGAUGGUCUCGAGACUCGAAGGUGUUGGACGCAUUUUUUUCUUUUUUGCCGUUUUAUAGAUAAAUGAGCUUAGUUUGGAUUGACCAUUUUGCUCAAUAAUGAAUCGGAAUCUGAGAAGAGAUUCCGAAUGGAUGCUGCUCGCCAUUACUCUUUGUUCGUUUGGUUGGUCCUCCGCUCAGAUUUCCUACUCGGUCUCCGAGGAGGUGGACAAAGGGACAGUGGUCGGGAAUAUUGCUAAGGAUUUACACGUCAGCGCACAGCAACUGGAGGAACGAGGAUUUCGAAUUGUGUCUGGACAUAGUAAGACGUAUUUUAAAGCUAAUUUAAAAACAGGAGCGUUACUUGUAAGCGACAGAAUUGACCGUGAAGAGCUUUGUCCUAACGCACCCAAGUGCCCCUUAAACAUACAGGGAAUACUUAGCAACCCCAUGAACAUUUAUCGCAUUGAAGUAAACAUCCUGGAUAUUAAUGACAACGCACCGGCAUUCUCAGAGAAAAUUCAUGUGUUCAAUAUCUCUGAAUCGUCCUCCACGGGGGAAAGAUAUCCUCUCCCAGCAGCUCACGACGCAGACGCUGACAUUAAUUCAGUCAAAACCUUUAAAAUGAGUCCAAAUGAGUAUUUUUCGAUAGAUGUCAGCAGCAGUCGCGGCAGCGUGUCUGCUGAGUUGGUUCUGCAAAAAGCUUUAGACAGAGAGAAGCAAUCCACAAUUAAACUCACCCUGACAGCUGUGGACGGAGGGAAACCGCUCAAGUCUGGCAGCAUGCAAAUUCUCGUAAACGUGAUAGAUGCUAAUGACAAUUCACCUUUGUUUAGCAAGCCCCUUUAUAAAGCGAGUGUCAGUGAAAACAUACCGGUGGGUACAACAGUAUUAAAAUUAAACGCUACUGAUUUAGACGAGGGUCCGAAUGCAGAAAUCACAUAUUUUUUAAUGGGAGGGGGGACCGUAGACUCUUCUGGAAAAUUCAGCGUUAUUCCGGAGAGCGGUGAAAUUAUUGUGACAGCUGAUUUGGAUUACGAGGAAAGUAAUGCAUAUGAAUUAAGAGUGCGCGCAACAGAUCAAGGCGCAUCCCCAAGGAGUGGUUACGCUAAAGUGUUGCUCGAGGUUGUUGAUAUUAAUGACAAUGCGCCAGAAAUCUCGAUAACGUCCAUGAUGAGCUCUGUGCAGGAAGAUGCGUCAACUGGAACGGUCGUUGCUUUGGUAACAGUGAGCGAUAAAGACGGAGGACUGAAUGGCCUCACCAAUUGUAAGAUCCAAGACUCCAUCCCGUUUAAAUUAACAUCAAACUACAAAAACUAUUAUUCAUUAAUAACUGACGGUCCUCUUGACAGAGAGACUGUAUCCGUUCAUAAUUUGACUAUUACUGCUGUAGAUGAAGGAAGCCCAGCGCUGACUAGUACUGCUUUAGUCAACGUGUAUAUUUCUGACGUUAAUGACAAUGCACCUAGGUUUCCAGAAGGUGAUAUCAAUGUGCAUCUGAAGGAGAACAGUAAAGUUGGACAAAUAAUCACAAAAGUAACAGCACAGGAUGCGGACGCAAGCGAAAAUGCGGGAUACUUUGUAGCAAAGAUCAGGGCUGUGGACGCAGAUUCUGGAUACAACGCGCUGCUCUUAUCACCUGUUGGAGCCCAAAAAAACAACCUGUUCAGGAUCGGAACCAGCACCGGAGAAAUCAGGACUAAGAGGAGAAUGAGCGACAAUGACCUGAAAAGUCACCCACUGGUGGUGUUAGUUUCUGAUAAUGGAGAACUUUCUCUGUCAGCCACUGUUUCUAUUGAUGUGAUGGUGGUUGAAAGCACAGCUGAUGUCCAGACUCAGUUCAGACAUGUUCCUAUAAAGGAGGACAACUUCUCUGAUUUGAACUUGUAUCUACUGAUCGCCAUCGUGUCAGUGUCUGUGAUCUUUCUGCUGAGUCUCAUCAGUUUAAUAGCUGUCAGAUGCCACAGGACAGACAGUGAUUUCAGCAGGUACAGCGCCCCCAUGAUCACCACCCAUCCUGACGGGAGCUGGUCUUACUCUAAAGCUACUCAGCAGUAUGACGUGUGUUUCAGCUCAGACACACUGAAGAGUGACGUAGUGGUUUUCCCCGCACCGUUUCCACCUGUGGAUGCGGAACUGAUCAGUAUUAACGGGAGUGAUACUUUUACCAGAACUCAGACUUUACCAAACACAGAGAAGUCUGAGUGCACUAAUGGUGUAAACAACUGGUUGUGA